AUGUUUACGGCAUGUGACCAAUGCCGUAUCAAGAAGAUCCGCUGUGACAAAGAGAGGCCGCGGUGUUCCAAUUGCAACCGACUCGGCAUAUACUGCAACUGGUCAGGACAUGGCAAAAAGCCGAACCAAACCGUGCUGCUCAACCAGUCCAUCGCAGCCAUCGAGGGUCGCCUUGAGCGUAUCGAGGGCAGGCUGUCCUUCAUAUCCCAAACGCAACAGCAUCUGGCCCCGCAUUACGCAGCCAAGCCGCCCGGGUCGAUGCCAGACACGGACUCGGCUUACGUCCCAGGCAUUUCCCCGCCCGAGUCGCCGGGAAGUCUGCUAGCGGGGAAGCCGCCUCCGCCCGCGGUGCACCACAUCGAGCAUGGAGCCUAUGGCUACGAGCGUUACUUCGGGCCCACGUCUCUCAUCUCCUUGUUGCACCACUUUGACGAUCUCCCGAUGUUGCAAUGCAAGGACAGCAACAAUAAGAGCAACAGCUGCCAAGCCAACAUGCCAGGAACGGCAACACCCAAUCCCGUAACUGGAACAACAUCAACGAGUAGCCCCUUGGCAGACGCUGCCGGAAGCGUGAGAAGGCUCGUGUCGCUCCACAGAGCGCAGCAGGACGCUCGGGACGUCAAGCAAGAUGGUAGGGCUGUGGUCAAGGAGCCCUCGAUGCUCAUGCUGGUAGCCCUCGUGGACCCUUACUUCCAGCUUUGCAACCCUCAUCUCCCGAUAUGGACCCGGGCAGGGUUCCGCAAACAGCUCAACGCGGACCAGGAGAACGCAAACGCUGCCCGGCCCACGUCCUUCGCCGUGUGCGCGAACAACCUCGUGCUGCUGACGCUCAUCGCCAUGGCCCUUCACGGACAAGCCAAAAGCUCAAUGAGCUCCAACAGCACGAUCGACAGGGAAGUCAUUCAAUCCUACAUCGAGAACGCGAGUCGGGCCAUCUCCCGAGUGGGACAGCUUCUGGAACCACGCCUAAUCAAUGUCCAAGCCCUCGUAUCGUUGGUCUGCCUUACGGAGGAAGCAUCCAGCCUCACCUUGGACCUGGCACACCAGGUCGCCAAGUCUAUGGGCCUUUACCAAUCCCAGGAGGGGAGGUCGAAGCUGAGCCCUGAGGAGUUUGAGGAGAGGCAAAACAUUCUCUACUGCCUCUACUGCCUCGACAAGACUGUGUGCUGGAGCCACGGAUGCUCGUCCAGCAAUGGCAGCGCUUUUGGGUUCCUCGGCGGAGUGACAGGCACGCAGCCGCCCGCCGACCAGUCGGGCGACACGGGCGUCACCCACUACAUGAGCGCCAGGUUCGCACUGGCACAAAUCGACGAUGUCCUCUACGCCAGCCUCUACGGGCCAGACGUGACGGCGACGCAGUGCUUCGAGGGUCAGUCCAAGGACCUCAACUUCCAUGGCUUUGAGGCCCAGCUCAGGCACUGGGCAGAUGUUCAUGGGCUUGGCAGUGACGCCGGCGCCGGCGCUGGCGGCGGCGAGAGUGCGGCGGACGACGAGAACGACCGGUUCUCUCUUACGUCCCGGCUGGACCUCGAGAUCAGCUAUAAACUGACGCACAUGCAGCUGCUGUUGCGUUUUCUGGACGAUCCCGAAGUCAGUGUCUCACUGCUGGAGGAUGCUCGCAGCUGUCUGGUUUCCUUGCAGCGGUUGUGGGCUGCCACGUCCGACCCCGGCCACUGCUCCAGCUUCGCUCGGCUUGCUUCGUCGUUUCCUCCGACAGUGGUCUGCAGACUCGCUUGUGAGGCCGCAAAGUCAGAGGGGCCGGGGGGUCGCGAUCUGGAGCUCCUGGGCUUCCUAGGCCAAUCGCUACGGACGAUCGCGUCCCUAUUCGCGACUGGAACCUCGUACAUGGCAAAACUCUCUGCGUUUGUUGACAUCAUGCUGCAAUUCGUCCAGGACAGUCAUCAGGACAGGACGCAAGGGCAGCAGCUUGUUUUCUCCCAGCAGCAGCUGAAGGAAUGUCAGGGUGACCAGCCGUCGCCCAAAGGGGGCAUUCCAAGAGACCAGACCCUGGGAUUGAAGAACGGUAGCAGCGCUACCCCCAUGAGUUCGGCUCCGACAGUACUGGACACAACCGGCAUAGAUAUCGUCGCGAACAAGGAAGCGGGGACAGAAUUGGGUAUCUUGAUGAGUUGUGGAAGCGAUGAGGCUCACGAGAGCGAUUUAGGUGGCGGAUAUUUGGCCUCAUCAAUGGAGCUUUGGAGCCACGAAUCGAACCCUUCUCCUAUGGCGUUUGGGGGUUUGGAUGGCUGGGUGAUUGACACGGAGCGCAUGUGGUGGAAUGAUAACGUGGAAUAAAAAAGCUUGGUUAGACCUGGAGCUA